AUUUUGAGUUAUUCUAGCUCCUAAGUUCACCUAGACUCCGUCCUUAAUCCUAACAAGUGGUAUCAGAGCGAUAUUAAGGACAUUGAGAGGAGUCUACAGAAGUGUCAAGACCCUUCUAGACCCACCAUGGCCUGUGGGUGUGCCUAAGUGGUGUUCUAAAGGUUGGAUGUGUCUUCCGCUAAGGGGAAACUCUGCCGAAAUUUCGUGGACGCCGAUACUUGUGAAAAUAUCGAGGGAGCUGAGUGUGGACAGCAAAGGGGAGCUGAAAUUCGUCAUUUCUCAAGGAGAAGAUGAAUGAGAGAGGAGGAGAUGCUAAUGGAAGAGGAGCUGUAGCUGAGAAGGCAAGUGAGCCGCCGCCAUCAAAAGUUGAAGCUUUGGAUGGCUCCAACUAUGAGGAAUGGAGCGGACGGAUGAAGAGUGCCUUCAAACGCUACAAGCUACUGAAGAUUGCUGUUGGGGAAGAGAAGAUGCCGGAAGAAGGCGAAGCACGUGAACGGUGGAUUGAGAAAAGCGCGGUGCUUUUCGACCUCAUCCUUCAAUCGGUCAACAAGGAGAUGUUCGAGCACAUCAAGGAUCUUGUGGAAGCGGAUGAUUCGGGUCCAAGGGCGUGGAAACUACUACGUGAUGUGAUUCAGCCCAACACUCUCCCAAUGGUGAUCGUGCUCGAGAAGGAACUUGCUGCCAUCUCCAUGCGACCAGGGGAUGAUGUGAAGCCGGUCCUUGACAAGAUCAAGGACACCUAUGCAAGGAUGGCAGCAGCGGGCAGCAGUGUAUCUCAGCUGCAGCAGUGCACCAAGAUCAUCUCGGUGUUGGACAACUCUUGGGACAACCUCAUCCCCACCCUCAACUCUCAGCAAGAUCAAUGGACACCUGAGUGGCUAAGGCAGCAGAUUCUGCAGGAGGACUUCCGCAGACGCCAUGUGGGAGGCGGUGCUGCCACUAAGACUGCUGAGGGGUAUGGAGCUGCAGGGCGCGGCAGAGGAAGAGGGGGUUGGAGAGGCCGAGGCCGUGGGAGAAGCUUUGGCAGAGGUAGAGGCCGAGGUGGCUAUUAUGAGGGGCAUGGGAGCUCCAGUGGCAGGGGGAGUACCAGAAUGGAGGGCACCUGCUGGUACUGCAAGAAGGUCGGGCAUCCUUGGUUCAAGUGCUUCAGCAGGCCGGAGGGAUGGUCACCUCCAGGCAUGAAGCCGCCCAGUGGUGAACGCGCACAAGGUGGCGCUGUGCAAGGCUUAGGUGCACAAGGUAAAGGUGCACAAGGUAAUGCCUAUCCUGGUUUGUUUCUUAUGGUUGAGGAUGUGCAUGGGCAUGAGGGUGAUGUGGGAUCUGUGGGAAAGGUUGUGAUGCACCCUAUCACGCACUGGGUGAUUGAUUCGGGUUGCACCAGUCACAUGACUCCACGGGCAGAUUUGCUUGAUGAGGUAAAACCCCCUGGGAAGAUCAAGUAUGUGGCAGCAGCGUCAGGUGCUUUGCUCCCUGUGAUUGGUGUUGGGUAUGCCAAGGUUAAGGGAGCUAAUGGGGAGCUUGUGGGGCUUGGGAAUGUUCUGCUAGUGGAAGGUUUGUCUGCUAACCUUCUCUCUGUGCGGCGACUGCAGAAAAGUAAGGCCGAAGUGACCUUUGGACCAACCAGCUGCCGUGCUAAGCUUGGGAAGAAGGUGCUGUGGAGUCUAGAAGAGGAGACCAGCUGCAUCAAGGACCUGUGGCAGCUGCCCAUCAUCCCUUGGAAUGGGAAGACUCCAACAGCAGCAACGGCAGCAGCGGCAAAGGCAACAGCAGGAGGAGAUGCAACUGCACCAACUGAUGGGGUCCUGGAAGCAGUCAAGAAAGUGCAGAAGCAGCAGACACAUGGUGAGGUGCUUGCUGGUGUGGAUGCGAGUGCGGCAUGGGCUAAGGCUUCAUCAAGGAGUGGAGAGGCCGAUUGGGAGACAUGGCAUGAGAGGUUGUGUCAUGUGAACUUCCCUAUGCUGCAGAAGUUGGUGAAGAAUGGGAGCCUGAAGGGCUUGGAGGUGAAAGGGGAAGUGAAGGAGAUUGGGAGCUGCCCUACAUGCUUGGAGACCAAGUUCUCCAAGUUCCCUUUCAACAGCACUACAGGACCAGCCAAGACCCCACUUGCACUUGUGCACAUGGAUGUGGUGGGGCCCACAAGAGCCCCUUCCCUCUCAGGCAGCCGCUAUUUCUUGACAAUUGUGGAUGACCACACUCGGGCAGUGUGGGUUUACCCUUUGAAGAGCAAGGGGGAGGUGGCAGCGGCUGUCCUUAAGGAGUGGAUGCCUAGAGCUCAGAGGGAAUGCGGACACAAGGUGAAGGUGAUCCGUAGUGACAAUGGUGGGGAGUUCAUUGGAGCUGAUUUUGAGGGGGAGUUGAAGAGGAAGGGGAUCCAGCAUCAACUGACAGUGCCCUACAAUCCGCAGCAGAAUGGCGUGGCUGAGAGGUUCAACAGGACCCUGCAGGAGGGGGCACGCACUCUCCUUGGGCGUGCAGGGCUGCCUGAUCCAUUUUGGGUGUCUGCACUGAGGCAGGUCGCCCUUGUGAAGAAUAGGGUGCUGGCUACAGUUGGGGAUAAGGAGUGGAUCCCAUAUACCAAGUGGUAUGGGAGUGCUCCAGCUGUGAAUAUGCUGAGGGCAUUUGGGUGCAUGGUAGUGUUUCAUGUGCCUAAGGAGAAAAGGGGGAAGUUGGAGGCUUCUGGAAGAUGGGGUGUGCACUUGGGGAUUGCAAAGGAUCACAAAGCAUGGUUGCUAUGGGACUUGACCACCCAGAAGUUGACAGUGUCAAGGGAUGUGAAGUUUCUUGAGUCCCUGUACUACAAGGAAUGGAAGCAGCAGCAACAGAAGCUUCCAUCUACACCACUCAUUGUGGAGGCAGAUGAGUUGCAGCAGCCUUCAAGGCAGGUGGAGGUUGCAGUGUCUGAGGAGGAGAUGUCUGGGGUGACUGAAGAAGGGGGAGCAGCUGAAGUGGAGCAGCAGCAGCAACAUGAGUCUCCACCUCGAGUUCCACACCCGCCUGAGCGACCUAGGAGGGAUGUGCGCCCUCCUGUGAGGCUGACCUAUGGGGGAAGAGGCAAGCCAAAUGUGGUGCAGGCUGGGAGUGUGGUUGAGCAGAUUGAGGAAGAUGAGAUCGCUCACUGCUACUGGGCACCAAUCCCUGAGCCCAAGACUCGAGAGGAGGCCUUGAAUGGACCAAAUGGGGAGAAGUGGAAGGCGAGUGAGGAUGAGGAGUUCGGGUCCCUGAUUGAAAACGAGACAUGGGACCUGUGUGACUUGCCUCCUGGGAAGAAGGCAAUCACUUCCAAGAUGAUCUACAGGCACAAGUAUGGACCUGAAGGGGAGCUGAUCCGCUACAAGUCUAGGCUUGUGGCACGGGGGUUUCAGCAGACAAAGGGGAAGGACUAUGAUGAGGUGUUUGCUCCUGUGGGGAAAGGAACAACACUGAGGGUGCUGUUGGCGAUAGCUGCACUCCUGGGAUGGAAGAUACGGCAGAUGGACAUUGUGACUGCCUUUCUGAAUGGGAUCAUUCUGGAGGAGGUGUACAUGAAGCAGCCAGAGGGGCUGGAUGAUGGGAGCGGCAGGGUCUGCAGGCUGAAGAAGGCAAUCUAUGGCCUUAAGCAGGCGCCUCGUGCAUGGUAUCACAAGUUGGAGGAGGCGCUGGUGGCUGGGGGUUUCAAGAAGAGUGAGUGUGACCCCAGCCUGUUCCUGCUGCAGGAGAAGGAUGAAAUCCUCAUGCUCUUGGUGUACGUGGAUGAUAUCCUUCUCUUUUCUGCAUCAACUGCUUUGCUGGACAGCGCAGAGCAGAUGCUGGAGAUGCAGUUCAAGUGUUCCAAGAUGGGUGAGGUGAAGUACUACUUGGGGAUGCAUGUGGAGAGAGAUGUGGAAAAGGGUGUGCUGAGGUUGCACCAGAGGAAGUACUUGAAAGCGGAUGGCACCAGCAUUGGGGGUUAUGUGUGCUUGCUAGGAGGUGGUGCUGUGAGCUGGCGCAGCAAGAAGCAGAAUGAGGUGGGAUUGUCCUCAUGUGAGACUGAGUACAUGGCCUUACACCAUGGGGCCAAGGAAGUGGUGUGGCUGAGGCGCUUGUUAGAGGAGUUGGGAGUUGGUCAGGAGGAGCCGACAGUUGUGUUCUGUGACAAUGAGUCUGCUGUGAAGCUCGCCAAGAAUGCUUGUCUGCAUGGGCUGACAAAACACAUAAGGCCUAAGUUCUUGUGAUGAUAGAUCUUGAGAAGAUCUUUCCGACGCAACAAGAAUCGCUUCAAUCGGAGCAAGAACGCGAAAGCUAUGAAGAUUCAAAGUUCAUGAGCUUGCGUUACAAUUG